CGUUGGGGUCCUUUGGAAAUCCCUUAUGAGUCGCUGUAUUUUUUCAGCCAAAUUCAGGUGGCUAACGUGAGUUAUUUCUACCGUAGAUGCUAUCAAAAAGGACGUGGAAAUUUAGAAAUUGUUCAUUUAGUUUAUAUAUGAGAGAAAGUUUGACAUUAGAAUGAAUGGAACAGCAUAUUCAAACUUUGAUAAUCAAGAACAUGUCCUGAAAUUAGGCGAAACUUUCGAGAAACAGCCAAAAAGUGCUUUCCAUACGGUUCGAUAUGACUUCAAACCAGCAUCCAUAGACACUACAUGUGAGGGGGACCUGGAAGUUGGAAAGGGAGAACAAGUCACUAUAACAUUACCUAACUUGGAGGGAUCCACUGCUCCAGUUACAGUGUUUAAAGGAUCCAAAAGGCCUUAUACAAAGGAGUGCAUUCUUAUUGUAAACCAUGACACAGGGGAAUAUCGCUUGGAGAAACUCAACAGCAAUAUUUCUGUUAAAAAGACAAGAGCGGAAGGCAGCAGUAAGAUCCAGUCUCGUCUGGAGCAACAGACCUCUAGGCUCAGUCAGCAAAUAAAAAGUGGCAAUGGAGGGAAAGCCUCAAACAACUCCAAGAACUCCCCUGCUAAAGAAAAGCUGUCUCCUACUUCCCCCAUGGAUGACAUUGAGAGAGAAUUAAUGGCUGAGGCACGUGUGAUGGAUCAGAUGAGCAGUGGUGACAGCUCCUCAGACUCUCAAAGCUCCUCAUCUAGCAGUGAGGACAGCUCAAGCAGCAGCGAUUCUGAGGAGGAAACUCGGCCUUCGUCAGGCAAAUCUCACACAGCGCCUGCAUCCACCCACAGCAUGCCCAUCCUCACCACUCAGGAGCGCUCGGAGGAGGGGGGUGGACACCACAUGAACACACUUGAAAACGAUCUUCAGCUGAGUGAAUCUGGCAGUGAGAGUGAUUAUGAUUGAGAGCUGAAGGCCUAAAGCACACUCCUUGUUGUGGAACCGACAGAUGGGGUUAUCAGGACCUGCCCACUCACUAACACUGUGAUAUGGGGAUUUUUAAUUAUCUCUCAAACUUUAAUUCUUAAACAUUUUCUUUCUUCAUAACAGCAGUAUUUUGUCGACACCAGACAUGAUGUUGACAGGUUAAAAGCUGUGAAAGUUUUCAUAUGAGUUGAAUUAUUUAUUUUGUUAAAUGCAAAUGUGUAGAAUCUAGUGUUUUUUUUUUUUUUUUUUUUUUUUUUUUUUUUU